AUGCCCGACACGGGUGGGCAGGUGGUGUACAUCCUGGACCAGGUCAAAGCUCUGGAGGCGGAGAUGGGCAAGCGCCUGGCACUCGCGGGGCUGGAGAAUGCACACCCCGACAUUGUCAUCCUGACCCGCCUCAUCCCAGACUCGCACGGGACGAGCUGCAACGAGCGCCUGGAGCCUGUCGCGGGGACCCAGUACUGCCGCAUCCUGCGUGUGCCGUUCAGGGAUGCCCAGGGUCGCGUCUUGGACCACUGGAUCUCACGCUUCGACGUCUGGCCCUACCUGGAGCGCUUCACCAUUGAGAGCAGCAAGGAGAUCCUGGCGGAGCUGGGAGGGAAGCCAGACCUGCUCAUAGGAAACUACAGGCAAGGAUACAUCUACUGGGAGAGCAUGGACAAGAAGUAUCACUUCUCCUGUCAGUUCACGGCCGACAUUAUCGCCAUGAACACCUCGGACUUCAUCAUCACCUCCACCUACCAGGAGAUUGCUGGGCAUGAUGAGAUGGUUGGGCAGUACGAAUCGUACCAGUCCUUCACCAUGCCGCACCUCUACCGCGUCGUGAAUGGCAUCGACAUCUACUCGCCCAAGUUCAACAUCGUCUCCCCCGGCGCCGACUCGGAGAUCUACUUCCCCUUCUCCGAGUCCUCGCGCCGCCUGACCUCCCUGCACGCCGACCUGGAGGAGCUGCUGUUCAGCCCCAACAGCAAGGAGGCGAUGGGGACGCUGUCCGACCCCGGCAAGCCCAUCCUCUUCUCCAUGGCCCGGCUGGACAAGGUCAAGAACCUGACGGGGCUGGCGGAGUGGUAUGCCGGCAGUGAGCGCCUGCAGGGCCUGGUCAACCUGAUCAUCGUGGGCGGGGUCACCGACCCGUCCAAGACCAUGGACCGCGAGGAGGCGGUGGAGUGCCAGAAGAUGCUGGACAUCAUGAAUUCGGGGCGCGUGGACGGCAAGUUCCGCUGGAUCAACGCGCAGAAGAACCGGGUGCGCAACGGCGAGCUGUACCGCUUCAUCGCCGACCGGCGCGGCGCCUUCGUGCAGCCCGCGCUGUACGAGGCCUUUGGCCUGACGGUCAUCGAGGCCAUGACCUGCGGCCUGCCCACCUUUGCCACCAACCGCGGCGGGCCGGCCGAGAUCAUCAAGCACCGUCGCUCUGGGUUCCACAUCGACCCCUUCCACGGCGAGGCCUCCGCCAACGUCAUCGCCGACUUCUUCGAGGCCACCGCCAAGAAGCCGGACGAGUGGGACCGCAUCAGCAAGGGGGGGCUGGAGCGCAUCUUCUCCAGGUACACCUGGGAGAUCUACGCCAACCGUCUCAUGACGCUGAACCAGGUCUACACCUUCUGGAAGUACAUCUCCAAUCUGGAGCACAGUGAGGCCAAGCGCUACCUGGAGAUGUUCUACAUCCUGAAGAUGCGGGCCCUGAUUGAGAAGAUGUCUGAGCACCCCAACAAGGCCACGGAGGAUGCAGAGGAGCAGCUGAAGAAGAAGGAGCAGGCCUCUGCCUGA